ACGUUGACGACGUGCCGGUAUUCCCGUAAUGCACCGCGGCUUCCUGUUUCUUGCUGCGUAGGUAGUGUGCGCGCUGGCCUGGGAAUUUUUAGCUUCUUUUAAUCGUGUGCGUGCAGCAUGGGAGUCCCGGCGUUUUUCCGCUGGCUGAGCCGCAAAUAUCCCUCUAUAAUCGUGCACUCUGUGGAGGAGAAGCCCAAAGAAUGCAAUAACAUCAAGAUUCCUGUGGACACCACUAAACCAAAUCCAAAUGAAGUAGAGUUUGAUAACCUUUAUUUGGAUAUGAAUGGCAUUAUCCAUCCAUGUACCCACCCAGAGGACAAGCCAGCACCAAAAAAUGAAGAUGAAAUGAUGGUUGCUAUUUUUGAAUACAUUGAUAGGCUCUUUAACAUUGUGAGACCCAGGAGACUUCUUUACAUGGCCAUUGAUGGCGUGGCCCCACGUGCUAAAAUGAAUCAGCAACGUUCUCGUAGAUUUAGAGCAUCCAAAGAAGGUGUUGAAUCUUCAGAAGAGAAACAACGUAUACGUGAAGAGGUCCUAUCCAAAGGUGGCUAUCUCCCCCCAGAAGAAGUAAAGGAACGAUUUGAUAGUAACUGCAUUACUCCUGGAACUGAGUUUAUGGACAACCUGGCAAAAUGUCUUCGAUAUUAUAUUGCUGACCGUUUAAAUAAUGAUCCUGGCUGGAAAAACCUCACAGUAAUUUUAUCAGAUGCUAGUGUUCCUGGAGAAGGUGAACAUAAGAUUAUGGAUUACAUCAGAAGACAAAGAGCUCAGCCCCAUCAUGACCCAAACACUCAUCAUUGCUUAUGUGGUGCAGAUGCUGAUCUUAUAAUGUUAGGACUUGCGACUCAUGAGCCUUAUUUUACAAUCAUCCGAGAAGAAUUCAAACCAAACAAACCUAAACCUUGUGGACUGUGUGGCCAGUUUGGCCAUGAGAUUAAGGAAUGUCAGGGAAUGCCAAGGGAGAAGAAAGGAGAGCAUGACGAAUUUGCUGAUACUCCACCAGGAUGCGAACAGGAGUUCAUUUUUAUUCGUCUCAAUGUAUUGCGAGAGUAUUUGGAGAAAGAGCUCACCAUGGCUAGCUUGCCCUUCCAGUUUGACUUUGAGCGAAGCGUUGAUGAUUGGGUCUUCAUGUGUUUCUUUGUGGGUAAUGAUUUUUUACCACAUCUGCCAUCUCUAGAAAUCAGGGAAGGUGCUAUCGAUCGGCUUGUUAACAUCUACAAAAAUGUUGUGCAUAAAACUGGGGGCUAUCUUACGGACAGUGGCUUUGUUAACCUAGAAAGAGUUCAGAUGAUUAUGUUGGCUGUUGGGGAAGUUGAAGACAACAUUUUCAAAAAGAGGAAAGAAGAUGACGAACACUUCAAAAGACGACAGAAAGAAAGGAAAAAGAGAAUGAAGGCAGAACAUCAAAAGCCUUCUUUCGUCACAUCAGGCCAGUUUGCCCCUCGCGCACUUGGCCAGGGAAGCUGCUCUGUGCCUGAAGCCAUCAACAAUCCACGACAGGAAGCUUAUAGAAUGAGAAUGCAGAAUGCUCAUUCGGUAGACAAUGCCUCCCCGAAUACAGGGCAGAAACGAAAAGCCGAAGGCAGUGACAGUGAGCCCGAGCCGGAAGAUAAUAUCAGAUUAUGGGAAGAAGGCUGGAAACAGCGCUACUACAAAAACAAGUUUGAUGUUGAUGCAAGUGAUGAAAAGUUUCGCCGCAAAGUAGUACAGUCGUAUGUUGAAGGCCUUUGCUGGGUUCUGAGAUAUUAUUACCAGGGCUGUGCUUCUUGGAAGUGGUUCUUUCCAUUUCAUUAUGCUCCUUUUGCCUCUGACUUCGAAAACAUUUCAUGCCUUUUCAAAGAGUUUGAAAAGGGCACAAAACCGUUUAAACCACUUGAACAACUUAUGGGAGUGUUUCCAGCAGCUAGUGGUAACUUUCUACCAGAGUCAUGGAGAAGGCUUAUGAAUGAUCCCGAUUCCAGCAUAAUUGAUUUCUAUCCAGAUGACUUUGCUAUUGAUUUAAAUGGAAAGAAGUUUGCUUGGCAAGGUGUUGCUCUGUUGCCAUUUGUUGAUGAACGCCGUCUGAGAGCUGCUUUGGAAGAGGUUUACCCUGACCUCACUCCUGAUGAAACAAGAAGAAAUAGUCUUGGUGGAGAUAGCAUAUUUGUUGGAGAAAGCCAUCCCUUAAAUGACUUCAUACAUGAACUUUACAGGGCAAAUACCACAGAGGCUACUCAAAUACCUCCUGAAUUGUGCCAUGGUAUCCAAGGAAAGGUUCAGUUAGAAGAAGACCCUAUUCUCCCUAACAAGAUUAUUGAGUCUCCAGUCCCUUUGUUACGGGAUCUGUCUCAAAAUUUUGCUAUAAGCAUCAAAUUUGAAGAUCCAGAGUAUGAAGACGGUUACAUUUUUAAGGCAGUAGUUUUACAAGGUGCAAAAAAGCCAGCUCCAACCUUAAAGCCAGGUGAUUGGGAAAAGUCAAAUCAGGACAGGUCAUGGAGACCACAGCUUGGCUUCAAUCAGAACAGAAAACCAGUUCACCUAGAUUCUUCAGCUUUCCGAACUUUAGGCCAUACCUUGCCACAGACCAGAGGUCCCAGAGGUGGUGGUCACUACAGCAAUGCUCCUCCUCCUGGAUCUUACAAUCCUGUAAAUACCUACAGAAUGCCUAACAGAUCAGCAGCUCUUCCUUCCCUGAUGCAAAAUAACAGACCCCAAGGUUCAUGGUCAAAUCGCCCUCCUCUCUAUAACCAGCCACCACAAAGGAAUUUUGGGCCCAUGCAGAAUCCACAUCCUGCUUUUAUGAACCAGCAAAUGGGACAAAGAGGACCAAGUAACUAUUAUCAGAGAUAUGGCGGGGACUUGAAUCGGCAGGGAUAUAACCAGGGAAGAAAUUAUCAGGCCCCACCACCUUCUGGAAGAUAUCACCGGAAUUAAAAAAAAAAAAAAAAAAAAAUUAAUUUUUAAAACAGGACAUUGCUUCCUUUUUCUAUGGAAAUUCAAAAUGACCUGUAGACAUGUGGAUAGAGAUUGUGUGUUCUUUUUGUUUUUUAAGGCUCCCCCCUUCCCCCAUACUACUAUAUAUAUAUCAGUAUGUGAUUAUUUUGCAUUCCAAAUGUAAUUGUGAUAUGAUGCAGUAUUUUGACUUUUUUUAGAUAAUGGAUUUUGUUCCAAGUUUCUUGUGAUGCAAUCAUUGUGUUUGUGUCUUUUUUUUGGUAAAUAACAACUUGGACAGAAGAAUUGCCUUUUAAGAACUCUAAAUAAUGCGGCAAUAUAUUUUUUAACCGAUGCAUCUUUAAGAUAUACAUUGUUUCAAUUUUUUAGGAAUCAUUUUAUAAAGUGGUCUGACAAUUACAUCAUACUUUGUGUUGUGUGUUUCGCAGAGUCCAGCCUGUAUACACAGCAUCUUCAUCAUUUGUGUUGCCUUUUAUGCCUUUAGAAAAGCAUACACUGCUGAGCAAAUAUAUCUUAACUUCUGAAGUUACACCAAGGUUAGCCUUAAUGUAAAACAUUGGAAUGUACAGAUAAAGGUUAACUUGCUUUACAGAAAAAUUUGUUAAAAAAAAUAAACAAAACAAACUGACUUGCUUUCAAUAUAUAAACAAUUACUUUGACCCCUUUUAGCUGCUGCAGCAUCUCUUGCACAGUUCAGUAAGCAAAGUAAUGGGUGUGUUGUAUGAUAACAUGCUGUUGUGCUCACACUAAUGUCCCCUUACUGCUGUAACUACACAACUGAUUAGGUUUUAGAGUUACUGUUUAGUAUAUUUCUGCUUACUGAUCCGUGUAAUUUAUAUGCAUUUCCCUGUAUAGCUUUGUCACAAGACUGAUUAGUAAUUUCUUAAGAUUCUUAUUGUAUGGCAUGUCAGAAACCAGUGCAAUUAGUAUCAGAAUUUAAUAAUCGGUCAUGUGGAAUCAGCUUCUGUGAUAGGCAAACUCAUUUUCUGCUUUAUUUGUGAUGACCCCUAAGCAUAGCUUCCCAGCAGCUGCCCAGAGCACACUGAGCAUGUGUAGUGUCACUGACACUCCUUUAGAAAUGCCAACCCCUUAAACUGGUGCCAUAAAUUUAGUAUAUAAAACAUGACCAAGUCAGCAGCUUAUUGGCCCUUGAUAGCGCCUGCCUUUAAAGAUAUCCAACAGGAUUUUCAAACCUCACAGAUCAGGGUCCAUCUGGGUGUGUUGAUACUGUCCUUGUCAAGUGGAUAUCUCUAGGCCUGCGGUGUGAUCAGAUCAUGUUAUGUGGCUUGAUCUGGCAAAGAUCCAUUCAUUUGGAAACUUAAUCACAUCAGCAUUUCAGUGUGUAUAAGUGAGUUUUACAGUCAAGUGCAAGGAUUACCAAUGUAACCAUACAUACAUGGGCCAUACACAGGCCAGUUAAAGCUGCCAACAGACCAGAACAGUUAAAGCAGCUUAUUGCCCUCAAGGUGGGCAUAUGGGGGAAAGAUCUGCUAGUUUGGCAACCUCGACAGCUUUAUGUACAUUUGUUACAUUUGCAUCAAAGAUGAUUAAGAAAAACUGGAGUGUAGUAGUUGGGUAACUUUUAAUAGAGCUGCAAAUAUUGCCAAGUAUAAAAUGCAUGGUGUCCACUUGGGUUUUAUAAGACUAGCAAGAGAGACUAGGCAAUAGCUAGCUUUUUUCUUUGGCAACAUUGGAUCGCAAUUCAUCAGUAGUAAAGCCUUGCCCAUGGGUUUGCAGGCUAUAUACAAUUCAAUGUAAUAUGUACAAAGUCACCAAAUAUUGUUUGAUCUGACCAAAUUCUUCACACAAGAUUUGCCCAAAUGCCAAUCUAUAUCAUCAUUUCCAUAUUGACAUUUGAGACAAAAAAAGUAAUAUAAAUUGUCACAAAAUGAUUUGUCUGAUAUUUUAUAGGGCAAGGAAAGGUGAAUUUGCUGAGGGGGUGCUAAUAUGUUAGUUGCCUCCCUGUGAAUCCAGUCCCCUGUUUUAUCCCCAGGUUUGUGCCGCUUUGUCAGCCUUGUUUUCUUUGUCUUUUAAUAAAUUUGAGUUCAGAUUCA